AUCCGUUUAGCAGACACCGGGGCCUUCAAUUCGACUCGACGGCUUUUCGUAGGAUAUUUUUUUCCUUCGAGACGAGACUGCGCGAUCGUCCGGUGUCGACAAUGGCUUUCUUGCGACAAACUUGGACCUUGACGGCCAAGAAUCUCAAGAUCGUCUUCCUCCGCCAUUCGAUUGCGACAACCAUUAGAGCGCUUGUUCUUCCGAUUUUGCUUGCUGCAUUUCUUACCUUCGCGCGGAAUUUAUUUGUACCUCCAGCUGUGUUCGGUAUAGGACAGACACGUCCCAUUAGGUCGCUACAAGAUGGACUUGCUACAGCUACCGAUACGAAUCGUAAUACAGUCGUCUUCGUGAACAAUGGUUUAACCGGAGGUGAUAUCGAUCGCGUCAUAAGCACCAUUUCGGGGACGGUAACACAAGCCGGGAAGAAUGCCACAGUACUGUCGGAUAUAUCCGGAUUGACUUAUGCGUGCCGAAGUUCCUUGCGCGGCGUUUCGCCGUGUUACGGCGCCGUGGUUUUCUUUUCCUCUCCGACCGAAGGAGAAGGAGGAAUAUGGAACUACACUCUGCGAGCGGAUGGUGCACUAGGUACGAAAAUUGAUGUGACCCAAGAUACCAAUGGCGCCCAGGUCUAUACUCUUCCUUUGCAGCGAGCUGUCGACGCUGCCAUUGCGGGCACUAACAGCCAAAUACGGUUCCCGGAUACCACGGACGAGUAUCCAUUUACACCCGAGACCCAAGAGGAACGAGAAGCCGACAUUCGAAGGAACUACCAAUCCGCAUUGACAAAUUUCCUCGGUGUAUCUUUCUUCGUUGUGGUGAUUGGUAUAUGCUAUCACAUGACAGGUCAUAUGGCUACCGAAAGAGAAAUAGGCAUGUCUCAACUACUAGAUGCGACUAUGCCCACGAAGCACCGAUGGGAAGCCCAAGUCGCGAGGCUGCUCUCGUAUCAUCUUGCGUUUACCAUAUUGUACCUCCCCGGUUGGGUAGUUGGUUCGAUCAUCAUCUCACUUGGAGUCUGGGCAGAUACAAACGUUGCCAUCGUGCUUCUGUACUUCAUCCUUACUGGCCUUGCUUUAGGAUCCUUGUCCAUCUUAUCGGGUGCAUUUUUCAAGAAAUCGCAAUUGUCAGGUGUCAUAACGACACUUGCCUGUAUUCUGUUGGCAAUCCUGGCUCAAACACUAACAUCGCCUAGUACUGGUACAGUCACUGCCCUCAGUCUACUCUUCACGCCUUGUAACUUUGUUUGGUAUAUGACCUUCAUAGCAAGAUGGGAAAGAAAUUCAUUUCCAGCAGACCUAACCAAGAACCCACCGGAUAAUCCAUGGAAUCUUCCCGGUGUUGUCUUCUGGGUUUUCCUCGCAAUUCAAAUUAUCGGUUAUCCUAUCCUCGGCGCGUACUUUGAGCGCUAUUUACAUGGUACGACUACGAAGGGCCGUACAAUUCUUCAUAGCCAAACGGCCGAAACGGCACCCCCGGACGCCGUUCGUCUUGAGGGAUUCACGAAGAUAUACUUCCCCAACCCAUUGGCUCGACUACUCCCUUUCAGUUCGAUACAGAAAGACCCGGUUGUGGCUGUUGACAAAUUGACCCUCACCGCGAGAAGAGGACAGAUUCUAGCCCUACUGGGUGCCAACGGUAGUGGAAAGAGUACGACUUUAGAUUCUAUUGCUGGUACCAGCAAAUUGACUAGCGGCGAUAUCACAAUUGACGGUACUGGGGGGUUAGGUAUUGCGCCGCAAAAGAACGUUCUGUGGGACGAAUUAACUGUUGAAGAACAUAUUGAGAUUUUCAAUCAACUGAAGGCCCCUCAUAAUACUGCGUCUAAGCAAGAAAUUCACGACUUGGUGGUAGCUGUGGACCUCAAGACUAAAGCCAAAGCGAUGUCUAAGACUUUGUCGGGUGGCCAAAAGCGAAAGCUCCAACUUGGAAUAAUGUUAACUGGUGGAAGCGCUGUUUGUUGUGUGGAUGAAGUCUCUUCGGGAAUUGAUCCCCUUUCUCGACGCAAAAUUUGGGACAUUCUGUUGGCUGAGCGUGGAAAGCGAACGAUUAUUCUCACAACUCAUUUCCUUGACGAAGCCGAUUUACUAGCGGACCAUAUUGCCAUCUUAUCUAAGGGUACUCUACGCGCCCAAGGAUCCUCCGUCGAACUUAAGGACAGGCUAGGUGCUGGAUAUCGCGUUCACGUCUUCGGUGCCAGAGACAUCAAGAACCCUCCGCAAAUCGAAAAUGUUACUCGCAAGAUUGGUUUUGAUGUGAUAAGCUACGUCGCGCCAACCUCUAGCCUUGCCGCGGAAGUAAUUCGCUCUUUGGAAUCCGCAGGAAUUCACGAUUACAAAUUCUCGAACCCGACAAUCGAAGACGUUUUCUUACAAGUCGCCGAGGAGGUUAAGGGUGAGAGUGCAAUGGGACCAACGCGGACGCCGUCCCCUGCCGAUGGAAACGACAAGCAUGCUAGCUCCGAUGAAGGUCUUGAAGCUAGUGAAUUCGAAAAGGACAAACUAGAGCUAUUGUCAGGACGGCCAAUUGGCUACUUGGAGCAGAUCGGAAUAUUGUUUAUGAAGCGAUGCACUAUUUUCAAGACCAAUUGGUUUCCAUACGUCGCAGCCUUCCUCAUUCCGAUUAUAGCCGCGGCGUUGACGGCUCUUUAUGUGACAGAUCAACAUCCAGUUGGGUGCAGCCCGGCCUCGCAAGAUUCGGCUGGUUCUUCGGGGUUUUCGGAUCUGUACGAUGAUCUAUUCUUAGUUGGUGGGCCAUCUUCACGAUUCGAUAAUGCCACUAUGGAACGACUUUUCGCUCCCGUCUUCCAGAAUCAGAGUCAAAGCCAGAGUCAGCUUCGUCGUCAAGCCAUACCCGACGCCAACGCUACUGCUGGAGGCAAUUCAAGUUCUUUACUCAAGUUCAUCGAAAGCUUGCACCUUGUUGACUCUUUAGAUGAGUUUAAUGCCUUCGUCCAACAGAAACGGAAAGACGUCAAGCCUGCGGGAUGGUGGCUCGGAGACGCCAAUUCGGACCCCACUGUCACGUAUGAAGCUGAUGCUGGAGAUGUAUUGACUUCAGUCUUUGGUCAGAAUGCCCUCGAUAUCAUGCUUGCAAAUACCAGUAUUUCUGCAAGCUAUGCGGCCUUCGAUACCCCUUGGGCGCCAUCGACCGGAGAUUCGCUGCAGUUAUUGAUUUACUUCUGCUUAGCAUUGUCCAUUUAUCCUGCCUUCUUUGGUCUCUAUCCGAACAUUGAGAGGCGCCGUAACGUCCGUGGAUUGCAAUAUUCGAACGGUGUACGUUCUCUUCCGCUCUGGGCCUCUUACACGGCGUUCGACUUCGCAAUCGUGCUAGUCUCCUCUGCACUUGCUGUUGUCGCAUUUGCCGCAUCUUCGGAUGUUUGGUACCAUGUUUCCUACCUUUAUCUUAUUUUUAUUCUAUAUGGAUUGGCAUCGAUUUUAUUUUCGUAUGUCAUCUCGCUAUUUUGCGGUAACCAGCUGUCCACGUAUGCGUUCUCCGCAGCUGGACAAGCUGUCGGUUUCCUGAUUUACCUAAUUGCUUACCUCUGUGUCACCACCUACGCGCCGGUUACCACCAUUGAUUCGUCUAUUUUGGUGGCGCAUUUCGUAAUCUCGGCGAUCGUACCUAUCGGCUCGGUUGUCCGAACAAUGUUCGUCGCUCUCAAUCUUUUCAAUACAACCUGCGAUGGAGAUCAAAUACAAAGUAAUCCCUCCGACAUACUUGCCUACGGUGCACCAAUCCUUUACUUAAUCCUACAAUCGAUCAUCUACUUCGGCAUUUUAUUAUGGCACGAUAGCGGAUCAGGAAGCAGUCUUAUCAGCCGGUUUACGCGAAAGGCUGCCCCAGCCUCCCAAGAUGCGACCGCUUCAGACGAAGAAGUAGCAAACGAGCUCGUCCGCGUUACUAGCACAUCACAAGACACCGACGGUCUCCGAACCUUGCACUUGACAAAGAAUUUUGGUAAAAAUACAGCCGUCGAUAAUGUCACAUUCGGCGUUCAACAUAGCGAGGUUUUCGCUCUGUUAGGACCCAAUGGCGCUGGUAAAUCGACAAUCAUAUCGCUAAUCCGCGGUGACAUCCAACCGAGCUUCAAUGGCGGCGACGUAUUCGUCGAGAACACAUCAAUCAGCCGCCAUCGCGCCGAGGCCCGAGCACACUUAGGCGUGUGUCCACAGUUCGACGCCAUCGAUUCCAUGACCGUUCUCGAGCACCUCCGCUUCUACGCGCGCAUCCGCGGUAUUCCCGAUAUCGAACAUAACGUACGAGCGGUCCUGCGCGCCGUUGGCCUUGAGGCGUUCUCAACGAGGAUGGCGCAUGCGUUGUCUGGUGGUAAUAAACGAAAAUUGUCGCUAGGUAUUGCGCUUAUGGGAAAUCCAAGUGUGGUAUUACUCGACGAGCCAUCUUCUGGCCUCGAUGCUGCAGCGAAGCGAAUUAUGUGGCAGACACUACACUCGAUUGUACCUGGUCGCUCGAUUUUGCUCACGACACAUAGUAUGGAAGAAGCCGACGCUUUGGCGAGCCGUGCGGGUAUACUAGCGAGACGGAUGUUGGCUAUGGGAACGACAGAGGGGCUGCGCCAGAGGUUCGGCGAUGCGUUGCAUGUCCAUCUUGUGAGCAAGAGCGCGCCGUACUCGACACCGGAAGAGAUGGAGCGCGUGCGUACUUGGGUCUUGAAUAAAUGGCCUGGUGCUGAGGUGGAGCAGAAAACCUAUCAUGGGCAGAUGCGAUUUUCGGUUCCUGCUAGCGCGGUAUUAGCACCUGCUACAACAGAUAAUAGCGAAAGAGAAGACGGCAGCGAGAUCGAAAGUGUUACCGAUGCUGGAGUUGGCAGUAGCAGUGCUAUCGGUCGACUUAUCGUUAUCCUAGAGGAACAUAAGGAAGAACUCGGCGUAGAACACUACUCUUGCACGCCGACGACGCUGGACCAGGUAUUCCUGACGAUUGUUGGACAGCACAAUGUCCAAGAGGAAGGAUACAGUGAGGCGAAGAAGAAGAAUUGGUGGAGUUGGAGCCGGUCGUAAAGCCCUUCCGCCCCCUUUUUCCAUCCAUAUAUCUCCCAUCUUCUACUUUUCAAGCAUAGACGUUUUCUUUUAUUUAUUCUCAAGCUACUGAAGUUAUGGUACGGAUAUAUCCCAUUUUAUUCACAUGUUUAGAGGCGGGGAUCAGGUAUGAUAUAGGCUGCAUAUGAACUCCCUGUUGUUAGAUGGAUGAAGCAUGGUGUAUACAAUGCAUGGAAACGGGGAUUAGAUGGGCAAGAGAUGUGUAUAUAGUCUAAUACUCUGAAAUAUUAGCGUUUUCUCAAAGAGCCAC